AUGAGCUCGAGUAUGGGCGUGAGUAUACUCGUGCGGGUUGCCCAGGAGGUGAAAGCGAGUCCUGAGCGGCAGUUUUCGACGGUUCAUGGCGAGAUGCUGGCGGCAUUACCGGUAGAGGAUCUACAAUUAUUGCAGGCAGCGAGUGAAUUAGUCGCGAGGAAUCUCGUGAUCCUCGUGACGGCGAUACCGUCUCGACGCAGUUUUUACCGCGUUGAGUCGGUGAACAAGUACCGAAAAAGGGAUGAAGACGUGAAUGGAUCCUUGCAUUCUGGGACACAGCCAUUCGAUGAGUCCAUGGUCAGUGGUAAUGGUGCAAAUUACUACAACUGCUUCGGCCAUUACUGCACCUGUGCAGUGUUUCACGAGACGGUCGUGAUGACACAUGCAACGGCGAUGUGCAAGCAUAUGGUAGCGCGGUUUCUAGCAGACGCGACCGGCCAGUUCCAGGCAAUGCAGGUUGAAGACGUCUGUUUUGCUCAGAUGCUUUGUCCUCCCAUUGUAAAAGAGGACACCACAAAUGGUCAGAGAUAG